AUGCCCCCAGGCCCCGAGGUCCCGGUGCAGGUGUGGGUGGACGGCCAACUCUUCGAAGCGGAGCAGUCGCUGCUGGUGGAGCACUGCGGCUUCUUCCGCGGGCUUUUUCGCUCUGGCAUGCGGGAGGCGCGCGCCGCGGAGGUACGCCUGGGCGCGCUGAGCGCCGCGGGCUUCGGCACGGCGCUGCGGGUGCUGCGCGGAGAACGGCCCGCGCUGGCGGCCGACGACGAGCUGCUGCAGGCGGUGGAGUGCGCAGCGUUCCUGCAGGCGCCUGCGCUCGCGCGCUUCCUGGAGCACAGCGUCACGUCGGACAACUGCUCGCUGCUGUGCGACGCGGCCGCCGCCUUCGGCCUGCGCGACGUGCUCCACAGCGCUGCGCUCUUCAUCCGCGACGGUUCGCACGAGCUGCUGGCACAGCUGGAGCUGCCCGAGGCCCGAGCCUACGUGGCGGCGCUGCGACCCAGUACCUAUGUGGCGGUGAGCACGCACACGCCCACACCCGGCUUCCUAGAGGAUGCGUCGCGCACCAUGUGCUUCCUGGACGAGGAGGAGGACGCAUGGCGCACGCUGGCCGCGCUGCCCCUGGAGGCCAGCACGCUGCUGGCGGGUGUGGCCACCCUAGGCAACAAGCUCUACAUCGUGGGUGGCGUGUGUGGUGCCAGCAAGGAAGUAGUGGAGCUGGGCUUCUGUUAUGACCCGGAGGGUGGCACCUGGUGCGAAUUCCCCAGCCCACACCAACCGCGCUAUGAUAUGGCGCUGGCUGGUUUCGAAGGCCGCCUCUAUGCCAUUGGUGGCGAAUUCCAGAGGACACCCAUGAGCUCCGUGGAGUGCUAUGACCCGGCCACAGGUUGCUGGAGCUUCGUGGCGGACUUACCACAGCCGGCUACAGGAGUUCCCUGCGCCCAGGCACGUGGCCGCCUCUUCGUGUGCCUAUGGAGACCAGCAGACAUCACUGCCAUCGUCGAGUACGUGGUACAAAUGGACAAGUGGCUGCCGGUGGCUGAACUGUGUCGUUCGCAGAGCUACGGCCACUUUAUGGUGGCCCAUCGCGACAGUCUCUAUGUAGUACGAAAUGGACCUUCCGAUGAUUUCCUACACUGUGCCAUCGAUUGCCUCAACCUGGUCACAGGCCAGUGGACAUCACUACCUGGCCAAUUUGUCAACAGCAAGGGAGCACUCUUCACAUCUGUAGUGCGUGGGGACACCGUUUAUACUGUCAACCGUGUAUCCACGUUGGUCUAUGCCAUUGAAGAUGGCACCUGGCGGCUGCUCAGGGAAAAGGCUGGCUUUCCUCGGCCUGGCUCUUUACAGACCUUUCUUCUGCGGCUGCCUCCUGGCACUACUGGGCCUGUGGCCACCGCGCUGCCAGAGUUGUGAGCUUGGAAUGACUUCAGAAGAUAACACGAGUCUCCAUGAACCUUGGCUGUGUGAUUGGGGAGCCCUUGGGAACUCCUUUUUCCCUGUUAAGACACUCAGGUUUGCUUUCUGGUGGCACGAAUGUCCACGAAGCCCUGAGCAACGCAGGUGCCUGGGUCCUCAAAUCUCUUGGGCUCUGUUGAGAGCUGGUGGGUCACAAUCUCAGGGAAAAGGGUGGGGUUACACUUUGGACAAUCCAGACUUGUAGGUGAAUACAAGCUAUAGCUAGAAGUGGAUUAAGUUAAACCAACCUGCUAAUUAGCAGGCACAAAGUGCCAAUCCAACGUUGGCCUGUAGUUGUCACCUGUGGCACAGAGCUUGAAGACAAUAUCAGCUUUCUUAAUAUAAAGGUCAGGAUGAGAAAACAGGUCUACACAUAAUUUGCCUCCACCCACAAACUGACAGCAACGUGUUGAUUUUUUAAAAAGCAAAUAAUACACCGUACAAUAAGAAGAAUACUGAAGCAGUCAGUCUGGAAAAACAGCUUCAGAUAACAGAGUCUGAGCGCCCCAAGAGGAGAGAGGGGGAAGACUGGACAAGACAGGGUCUAGGUAAGCUCCUGCCUUUUUAAGCAGAGCAGCGGGCACCUCGCCAGUGAGGCUGGACUGAAUUGUAGCAAAUGAAACUCAGCUGAGCCUGAAGCAAGAAGGUGAGAGGGAACAAGGGUUCCCUACAGAAGUUUUAAGGACUGGAAUGGAAAGGGAGUACCCAGGUGUAAAUCCUUGACCUAUCUUUUUUGUUAUUGUAACCUUAGACUGUUAAAUCUCUUGACUUCGGGUUACUUAAGGUGUAUGGAGCCUAAUCCUGCUACCUCUCAAGGCAUUCCUUCCUAGAUGUGCCACAGGCUCUGCCUCUCUUGUAAUCUCUGCCGCAGCCAUUCCCUGAGCCUACAGUGUUAUCCCUCUUCUGCUUUGUCAGUUCCAUACCCACCUCCUCUCUGCAGGACGGGCUGAGCCAGCUCCUGUUUUCCUGACUUGGCUGCCAGCAUUGCUCAUUGAUCUCUAUGGCAUUCUGUGUUGGAUAUGCAGCCAUACCUGUUUGCAGAUAGAAGGCAUAGAGGUCCCAUACUUUUAAUUGAGCCAGGAACCCCCUUGCCUGUGGAAUGAAGUGAAGUCUUACAAGAACCACUAGUUAGGGACCUGCUACUGACAGGUGCUGUUAAUCAGCUCUCAUCUUAAAAGCAAUACCCAGACCCAGCUUCUGUUACAGAUGCCUGCUUCAGCCCUACAGCCUGGCCAUACCCCAGGUAAAUGUCUCUCAAUGGUCCGGUAUAGUCUCCAUCCUCUGGGACUCAAGGCUCAUAGAAAACCCUGGCUUCAGAAGUAGAGAAUGCAGCAUUGGCAUGGUACUUCCCGAGCAUGGAGCCUUGUGUUGGGCUGUUGCUUGCUACCUCUUCCCUGAUGUGUAUCCCAAACUUGAAAUAAGUUGCCUUUGGGAGUGUGGAAUCUUCUAGCCUUUUAGUCUAGUCUGAUGAACCACAACAAUAAACUCUUAACAUU